AUGCAACCCGAACACCCACUGAACUGCAAAUCUUGCCGCCAGAUUCUACUCGACGGGCAUUUCGCCGGUCGCAUGGUUACAAGAAUGCACUGUCUCGAGAUCGCGAUGCCUGUUGGUGCAACCUUGCCGAGCACUCCACUGCUUGAGGUCCUGCGGGCCGUGAAAGAUGCCAACCGGUCCGCUGAGGAGGAGUCCUUCCAACAGAGAGCUAAGGUUGUUGAGUCGCUCCUGGCUGUGGUGGAGGCCGACGUGGACCCUGUGCUGCGGGCGACCGAGGUCGACGAGGAGAGAUCCGAUCCUACGAUCACUCCUGCAGAACCUGUUGGCGAGGCGGUUCGGAUUCGCGUGCACAGUGCCGUGCCACCUCUCCUGCCCUAG